CUGUGUAAAUUAAUUUUGGGAAUUCAAGUGAGAAGAUUCUUGCAAAUUGGUUGACAGAAGGAUUUAAUUGAAGAUCCAGUAUACGUUGGAGACUAAAUUGUUUACAAAUAUUCAUUGGGAUCUAAAUGAGAGGAAAAAAUAAUAAUCUGUGGACUCAUCCGAGGCAAUCUGUAGUAUGUUUCCGUGAAUUCUCACUUCUUCGACAGAAUCACCGCACCCUUUUUUAGAAAGACACAGAGUAAACGUAUGAGACCAAGGUAAAAGAGAGAGAGCGAGAGAGAGCGAGAGAGCGAGAGAGAGGCAUUAGCUUUGCUAGUGUUUUUGUGUAUGUGAUUUUACAAAAACGCUAGAAAAAUCCAAUCUUGGAUAAAUCGGAAGGAAGAAAAGGUCAAAACCCGAGAUGGGUUUCAUGGAAUACGCGAAAUCAAUCCAAUGGGAACAUGAAUCUUAUCCAGCUUAUGAAGAUUACAUUGUCCUUCCACUUUUUUCUCUCUUUUUCACCUUUGUUCGAUUCUUUCUCGACAGAUUUGUCUUCCAGAAACUAGCAGAACGCUUGAUUUUUGGAAAGGAGCAUCAGAUGCUGGAUGCUCAGCCAGAUGACAGAAGGAAGAAGAUAGGAAAAUUCAAGGAGUCAGCUUGGAAAUGCAUAUAUUUUCUUUCAGCAGAAAUUCUGGUUUUGUAUGUUACUUAUGAUGAGCCUUGGUUUGGUAAUACAAAAUAUUUUUGGGUAGGGCCAGGAAGUCAGGUCUGGCCAGACCAAAAAAUGAAGUUAAAAUUGAAAGGAGCAUAUAUGUAUGCUGCUGGAUUUUACACGUACUCCAUAUUUGCUCUGAUUUUUUGGGAGACAAGGCGUUCAGAUUUUGGGGUGUCCAUGAGUCAUCAUGUUGCCACUGUCAUUCUCAUUGUGCUGUCCUACAUAUUAAGGUUUGGUCGUGCUGGCUCAAUUGUUUUAGCUAUUCAUGAUGCUAGUGAUGUAUUUUUAGAGGUAGGAAAGAUGUCCAAAUACAGUGGUGCUGAAGGGAUUGCUAGCUUUGCAUUUAUUCUUUUUGUUUUGUCUUGGAUCUUGCUGCGGCUCAUUUACUAUCCGUUCUGGGUCCUUUGGAGUACAAGCUAUGAAGUUCUCCUGAACUUGGACAAGGAAAAACACGCAGUGGAUGGUCCAAUCUAUUAUUAUGUGUUCAACACUCUCCUUUACGGCUUGCUUGUUCUACAUAUUUAUUGGUGGGUCCUGAUGUAUCGGAUGCUUGUUAAGCAAAUCCAAGCAAGGGGCCAACUUAGUGAUGAUGUUCGAUCAGAUUCUGAGGGCGAAGAUGAACAUGAAGAUUGAUAAAAAACUAGACUAGUGAUACUAAGAAAUAGUCUGAUGAAGCACGAUUGUGGUUUCAAAUACUGGAGGUGUUCUUUUCCGAAGAUGGAACAUGAUCAGAAACUUAUCUCUCGAUCAAGGGCCUGUGUAGAUUUAAGAUCGGAUGCCAAAGCAGGAGGGAAAGAUAAGAAUAGGAAAAUAGUUUUGAUUAUUCAUUCGCCACGUCGGAUUUGAUUUUUCUCGCCAAUGAUUUGUUGUAAGAAAAACUUACCAUAGUUGUAAGACUUGGGUCUGCUGCCAUUUUUUAGGGUUUAUUGUUGAUCUCUCUCUCUUGCCCCAAGGAAACUAACCUUGUUUUGAAUCAAGACAUUGUUAAUUGAUUUUGAUGAACUGUUCAUGUAUGUUUAGACAUUAUUGUUAACUGAUUUUGAUUAA